AGGCAACGCCUGAAAAAUCAGGCACAUUGGCAUCUCUGGUCAUAAUCAUUUUUCAUUUAUCGUUAUCGACUGGUUCGAAAAAGUGCGCUCUUGUGGUGAUCGAGAAUUAAAUUAUUAGAAGUGGAAAGAAAAUUUCGUCGACUUAAGAAGCUUUCGUGUUGUUCAGUAAAAUCGAACUCGCAUAGAUACACUAACUCCACCAGAAUUUGCUGUCGUGAGAGUGGAUUUAAGCAAAGCUGACUUUCUGUUGCCAUUAAAGAAAAAGUAUUCAUCAAGCGCUGAAAAUUUUAGUGGUUGAAUGAAAAUGAGUCGUCAACUAUUAAGCGCCGACUGUUAUGAUCUGAGUCUACAGGGUUAUGAAGAUCUGGUGGAAUGUCCGUAUAACAAAGCACAUCAAAUAAUGAAAUUUCGUAUGCAAACGCAUUUGUACAAAUGCCGUAAAAACCACAAGCAUCUGAAAUACGUGCGCUGUCCAUUCAACGAAACUCACGACAUACCGGAGCUCGAAUUAAAGAUUCAUACUGAAAUAUGCCCGGACCGAGAGAGUUUUGACCGCUAUAAAUAUUGUAUUUCAACAACGGCCUCGUCGAUUGCCCCGGAGGUGGCCUGCGCUGCUGAAGCUUUGACCAAUUCUGGCUAUGAUCCACAGGAAGAUGAUGAAGAAUCUUGGGAAACGUGUCCGAAAGUACGUGCAUACAACCCAUCAGCGUAUGCAUCUAAACAUAAUGUUAUCAGGAAAUGCACCGGAAUGGCCCCUUCGGAGAAAAAGGCUUUCAAACAAGCCGAGCGUCAACGUUUGAAAGAAAUGGGAUGUGCCUACGAGCCGUUGCCGAGCAAUGAGUAAACCCAAAACUUAAAUGUUAUUAGUAAAAUUUUAUUUGAAGGAUCAGCAAAAUUCUUUAGAAAAACGACAUUUGAUUUAGGGCCGUAUGCCAUUUGAGGUAUUUGUCAGGAGUUUUCAAAUUUAAGAUUUUUUAAAUAGUUGAAUUAUUUGACCAGAAGUCAUGAAAAAUGUUUUUGUUCAGGGUUUUUUUUUUCUUAAAUUGAUGUUAGCUUUUUUUCUUUAGAUUACUGCUGUAGGCAACAGAUUUUCAAACUGAAUUUAAAAGGAACACGUGUAGCAGGUCCACAAAAUGAACAAGUAUGUUAUGUUAACAUAUUAAAAAAAAAAGGUUUCUCGGUGUAAAAGAAAAUGUAGAUAUUCGGUGAAACAUCCUAAGAAAAUUCAGUUAUCACAUGCGUUCAUUUUCCCAGAACAACUAGCCGAACAACCAUCAUCACAGAAUACAAUAAUUAACAUUAAAUUAUAACGUCCAAACUUAGUUUCAACAUUUUCGAUAAAACGAUUCUGGUCUAUGCGCAUGAAAACAGUUGUGACAAUUAUCUAAAUCUCGUUUUUAUUAGGUUUUGUCCUUUAAGAACGUUGGUUCAUUGAACGGAAACAUCCAGAGCAAACGAGAAAAUUCAAGAAGAGAGCAUUGAGACCUUUAAGGUAUUACUAAGGAAAAUAAAUAUUGUUGG